UAUAUUCAUUUUUUACAGCAUUUACUCUGCCUACUAAUGUUAUUGGUAACGUCAUCCACUUAUCAAGAUCUUUUUGAAUUUUUUUCAAUAAUGCUAUUAAAAAGAUUCAACCUCUUGCAGUAUGAGAUACCCAACUACUUCAAGCAGGCUUCAAUCAUACCAAUAUCCAAGAAGAAUAUGGCAACUUACCUCAACCAUCCAGUAGCACUUAUAUCCUCUGUGACGAAGUGUUUUGUGAGGUUGGUCAUGAAGCAUAUCAACUGUUGCCUGAGGAAUUACCUUGAUCUGUUCCAAUUUGCUGACCAUCAAAACGGGUCAACAGUAGAUGGAAGCAUUUCAUUAGUUCUUCACUCAGCUCUGGAAUACCUGGACCAUGAAGAUACACACAUCAGGAUACUCUUCAUUGAAUACCGCUCAGUAUUCAUCCCAUCAAAGCUCAUCACAAAGUACCAAGGUCUGGGUCCUCACUUUCCUCACUGGCAAACCCUGGUUAGUAUGGUUGGCAAUAUCUCCUCCACACUCACCCUCAACUUCGUAGCUGUGUGCUUAGUCCCCUGCUUUACUCAUUUUAUGCCCAUGGUUGUGCGGCUAAGUACAGAUCUUUCUCAGUGUCAGCAGAACCAAAGAGCUGAUUAUCGACUGCAGGAGGAAGAAGUCAGAGGACCAUCAACCAUAGUCUUUGUUAGGGGAUUGGUGACUGGAGAUGGAGUGGGUCAGUAGGUUUAAAUUCCUUGCCAUUAUCAUAUUGGAAGAUCUGUCCUGGGACCAACACAGAAUUACCAUCAUAAAGAAGAAAUCUACAGUACAUCUACUUUCUUAGAAGUUUGUGUAGAUUGGCUUGUGACCAAAAACAGUCAAACCUCUUGAUGCACAGUGGAGAGUAUCCUAGCUGGUUACAUGAUGGACUGGUAUGAAAACACCAAAGCCCAGGAAUGGAAAAGACUAUAGAAAUUGGUGUCCACAGCCCUGUCCAUCACAGGUAAAGCCCUCCUCAUCAUUAAUUACAUUUACACAGAACACUGCCGCAAAAAAGCAGCAUCCAUCAUCAAAGACCCACACCAUCCAGGCAUUGCUCUCUUCUCACUUCUACCAUUAGGCAGGAGAUAUAGAAGCUAUAGGUUCGACACGACCAGUUUCAGGAACAGUUUUUUAUUUUGCAAAUAUCAGGCUCCUGAACUGGCAUGGAUAGCUUCACUCACUACAACUCUGAACUGAUCCCACAACCUACAGACUCACUUUCAAAAGAUACUUUACUACAUAUUUGAACAAUUUGUUUUCUUUUGCACAUUGGCUGUUUGUCAGUCUUAGUUAAUGUAUAUUUUUUCAUAACUUCAAUUGUAUUUCUUUAUUUUUCCUGUAAAUACCUUCAAGAAAUUGA